AUGUUAUAUUCUAAAUAUUGUUAGUCAGAUUUUGAUGGUUAUGAGAAAAUAAAAGAAUUGGGAAAUGGAGCUUAUGGGAAAGUAUAUUUAGUUAAAAAGGAUGGGGAGUUAUUUGCUUUAAAAACUGUAUAUAUAAGAGUAACAUAGAGGUGCCUAAGGGAAUAUUUAAUGAUAUAAGUGAAUAGUAAUUAUAGAAGGAGAUUCAUAUUCAUAAAAAGCUAGUUCAUGGAAACAUUAUAAAGCUACAUUCUUAUUAUUAAGAUAGAUAACAUGUUCAUUUGUUGAUGGAAUAUGCAGAGGGUGGUUCUUUAUAUUAGAAAAAUUUAACAUUGGAUGAAGUUCAAGAUUAUUUUAGUUAGAUAUGUAAUGGAAUAUAUUACUUACACUCAAAUAAUAUAAUCCAUCGAGAUUUGAAAGUAAUAUAUAUAGGAUUAAAUGAAAGCCUGAGAAUAUUUUAUUAAAGAAGAAUGUAAUAAAGUUAUGUGAUUUUGGAUGGUCAGCAGAGGUUGGUUAUAAUAAAUAGAGAGAUACUUUAUGUGGGACUGUAGAUUAUAUGGCUCCAGAAGUUACUUAAGGGAAAUAUUCUUUCAAAGUAGAUACAUGGUCACUGGGAAUAAUUCUUUAUGAGUUAAUUCAUCAUUAGAUUCCAACCAAUCCAAGAAAAUAUAAUUGUCCGGAAUUAGUUUAAGAUUUAAUAGAGAAAUUAUUAGUAGCUUAAGAUGAAAGACUUAGUAUAAGUUAAGUAUUAUAGCAUCCUUUUGUAAAAAAAGGAUAAGAAUGCAGAGAAUCAAUUUAGAGUGUGAAUUCUAUAAAUUUUAGUAAAUAUUAAGUGGAAGGAUUAGAAUUAUUUAAUGAAUUAGAUGUAUAUUUGGAGUAAUAAGAUAGAGCAAUAAUCAGAAUGACAGAUAUUUUUAAACCUAGAUAAUCAAAAAAGGUUCCUGAAUAACAAGUAACAGAAUAACCUUCUAAAAAGACUUUAUUUAAUACAAUAUUAGAUACUUUAGGAUGUAUGAAUAGAAGUAAAAAAUAAUCAUCAGGAUGA